UCGAUAGUAUACUUGAUAACACUCAUCGCUGCUUGACAUGAGGCGUUAAUUCUAAUAGAACAAUCAACACAACAAUACUUAACUGACAAAAUGAGCGCACGACACAGAGGAGGAAAAUCCAAGCGUGGUUCGGCUGGCGGCUCAUAUCGGAACGUUAAAUCAAAUCACAACUGCCAGCGAAGCUUUGCCCAACAGGAGAAUGAACUGGCCAAGGGUAAUGACGACAACACAGACUCUGACUCGGAUUCAUCAUCUGGCAGUGACAACAAUGCUACAGAUAGUCUUGGUCAGUCACCUGAUUUCCCGGUUGCCAUGUGGGAUUUGAAUCACUGUGAUCCCAAGAAGUGUUCGGGCAGGAAACUGGCGCGACUGGGUCUCAUUGGCAACCUGCGUUUGGGUCAAAAGUUCCCAGGUCUUGUCCUUUCACCGGUCGGCCAAUUAUGCGUUAGUCCACAAGAUCGUGAAACUGUAAAGACGGCUGGAGUGGCAGUCAUUGAUUGCUCGUGGGCGAAAUUGGAUGAGACACCGUUCAAUCGGAUGCGUAGUCCGCAUCCUAGGUUGCUGCCGUUUUUAGUAGCCGCCAAUCCCAUCAAUUACGGCAAACCAUGUAAAUUGAGCUGUGUGGAGGCGAUAGCAGCAACUCUCUACAUCUGCGGCUUUACCGAGGAGGCGCGCUGGUUCAUGGGCAAGUUUUCGUGGGGACACGCGUUCCUUGAGCUGAACGAGAAGCUCUUGAAUGCAUAUGCGGGUUGCAAGAAUAGCGACGAGAUUCUAAAAGUGCAAAAUGAAUAUCUGGAGGAGGAACAAAAGGAGCGCGAUAAGCCCAGGGAUUUGAAGGAGUUUUAUCCAACCAGCAGCAGUAGCAGCAGCAGUGAAAGUGAAAAUGAGAGCUAG